GAAGAGAGAGAGAGAGAGAGAGACAGAGAGAGCGAGAGGUGUGAAGGAAAGGUGAGGUGUGGAAAGGUGUCGAUGGUUUUAAGUUGAGUCUGUGGGACAUAAUUUUCGAAAUAUCUGGUUUUUGAUUUCUCAUAUUCUUUCUUGUUUCUAUUGAUUGCCAGUCGGUGUUCUAAGCGUUUGGAAUUAAUUGUUGAUUCCUUUGAUUCUUUUUUUUCUUUUUUUCUAUACUAAAAUCAUUUGAAGGGAACUCUCUGAAAGAUUUUCGGAGGUUCUAUUUUUCUUUUUUGAUUGAGAACAGAGCUGUGUCAUGGCGAACAUUGACAUCGAGGGGAUUUUGAAGGAGCUUCCAAAUGAUGGCCGUAUCCCCAAGACCAAGAUCGUUUGUACGCUCGGUCCGGCAUCUCGAUCUGUGCCCAUGAUCGAGAAGCUUUUGAGAGCGGGAAUGAACGUGGCCAGGUUCAAUUUUUCUCAUGGUUCGCACGAAUAUCACCAAGAAACCUUGAACAAUCUGAGAACCGCCAUGCAGAACACGCAGAUAUUAUGUGCCGUGAUGCUUGAUACUAAGGGACCCGAAAUCCGAACUGGCUUUCUCAAGGACGGUAAUCCCAUAAAACUUACAGAGGGUCAGGAAAUCACAGUGACUACUGAUUACAGCAUCAAGGGUGACCAGGAGAUGAUAUCUAUGAGUUACAAGAAGCUUCCAGUAGACUUGGAGCCUGGAAAUACCAUUCUAUGCGCAGAUGGCACCAUCACACUCAAUGUCUUGUCUUGUGACCCAGGUGCUGGAACUGUGAGAUGCCGCUGUGAGAAUACCGCCACCCUAGGCGAGAGGAAAAAUGUCAAUCUUCCUGGUGUAGUGGUGGAUCUUCCCACGCUUACAGAGAAGGAUAAGGAAGACAUAUUGGAAUGGGGUGUUCCCAACAACAUAGAUAUGAUUGCUUUAUCAUUUGUUCGCAAAGGCUCAGAUCUUGUCAAUGUCCGACAAGUUCUUGGACCUCAUGCCAAGCGUAUCCUGUUGAUGUCAAAGGUUGAGAACCAGGAAGGUGUAAUAAACUUUGAUGAUAUCCUUCGUGAGACUGAUGCAUUCAUGGUUGCCCGUGGUGAUCUUGGAAUGGAAAUCCCAGUUGAGAAGAUCUUCCUUGCCCAGAAGAUGAUGAUCUACAAAUGCAACCUUGUUGGUAAGCCUGUGGUCACCGCCACCCAGAUGCUUGAAUCUAUGAUCAAGUCACCUCGGCCAACCCGUGCUGAGGCUACAGAUGUAGCCAAUGCUGUACUUGAUGGUACUGAUUGUGUCAUGCUAAGUGGUGAGAGUGCUGCUGGAGCUUACCCCGAGCUUGCAGUGAAGAUUAUGGCCCGGAUAUGUAUUGAGGCUGAGUCCUCCCUCGACUAUGGAGCCAUCUUCAAGGAGAUGAUCAAGUCAACACCACUCCCCAUGAGCCCGUUGGAGAGUCUUGCCUCCUCAGCUGUCCGUACUGCCAACAAGGCUAAAGCUACCCUCAUUGUUGUGAUGACGCGUGGUGGGACUACAGCCAAGCUAGUAGCGAAAUACAGACCGGCAGUCCCAAUCCUCUCAGUGGUGGUCCCUGUUCUUACGACUGAUUCAUUUGACUGGACUGUUAGCGACGAGUCUCCAGCUAGGCACAGUCUGAUCUACAGGGGUCUUAUCCCACAACUGGCUGAAGGGUCUGCCAAGGCCACAGAUGCAGAAUCCACUGAGGUGAUCCUGGAAGCUGCCCUUAAAGCUGCUACGGAGAAGGGGCUUUGCAAGCCUGGUGAUGCUGUUGUGGCACUGCAUCGUAUAGGCGCAGCCUCAGUCAUAAAGAUCUGUCUGGUGAAGUAAAAUGGAAAGUGAAGAUGGUACAAUUAACUUUAGAUGCCAUUUUGUUUUAGUUCUACUUCCUGUUUGUUGCUUACGUGCAUUGAAGAAUCUCGAGACAUUCAUCCUUUGACCCAAGCUGGGUGGCUGCCUGGCCGGGUUUUUUUUUCUGUUGCUUCUGUUGCUUCUGCUGUUAUCUCGUUAAUCAGUUUGGAUUUGGAAUAUCCUCUUCUAUUUAUCCACCCAUAGUCAGCAUGUUUUCCUCACAUUUAGCAGAUUUGAUGAAGUUUCACAUGCGCCAGAUGGGUCUUUAAACAAUGCAUUUUACUGGUGCCUCUGCAAUGAUGAUCUAUACUUGGUGUAAUGUGAUCAGAAGGAACAAAUGGUUUAUUGAGUUUCAGGGUUGACUUGAA